AUGGCUACAAGACUGGUUUCCUCAUCCACCGAUGGAUUCUUCCAAGAGUUACCAGUCGUACCAUCCCUUUUCACCACCUUGGACCAGAAAACAACCACCAAGGCAGAUGUAAUCUCAGACGACAAAGCAUUCGCCAGAGUUCUUGAACUCUACCUGCCUUCAUCAGCACAACAGCCUCUCCAAGCAAUUCAUGAGAUGAGUCGACUUGCACUUCGCCCAGACAUUCUAGCACAUUCAGUCGAUGCAGAGACCAAUCAUCCCAAAUUACGGCCCUUCAACACUUUCGGUCAAGAAAACAAGAAUGAUCCGUUGUGGACUACGGCGGGCUGGAAAGCGCUCAAGGCUAUAUAUCAGGAGAAUGGUCUGAUUAGUGUCGCUUACGACACAACGAAUCAAGAUUGGAAUAGACGUGUGCAUCAAUUCGCCCUGGGCCAUGCUUACAUCUGUACGGGAACAUUGACAGGCUGUCCCAUGGCUAUGAGCGAUGGUGCGGCAAAGUUACUCCAAGGACAUCUUGACAAGCCAGAUGGAAAUCAACCUGGUUUAAACAGAAUCGUAAACGAAGCAUAUCGGAGACUCAUCUCUAACAAUCCAAAAGAAGCUUGGACAGCAGGACAAUGGAUGACAGAGCGCUCCGGCGGCAGCGACGUCAGCGGCACCGAAACGUAUGCAAGGAGACUUGAUGCUUCAGAACUGGCCGAGGAGUCUCGAAAAGGUCGAGUUCUUGAUGCCCAUGGUAUGCCUCUUGGCCCAUGGUGUAUCAAUGGUUUCAAAUGGUUCAGUAGCGCUACUGACUCCGAUAUGACAAUGAUGCUUGCUCAAACUGACAGCGGUCUCUCGUUGUUCUACGCACCCACUCGUCGCCGUGUGCCCGCGACAGGCAAUGCCCCUUCUUCCGAACUCAAUGGCAUUCGCAUCCAGCGGCUCAAAGACAAACUCGGCACUAAAUCGCUUCCCACAGCAGAGCUAGAACUCAAGGGCGUCCGCGCAUACCUCAUCGGCGAAGAAGGACGCGGCGUAAAGGAGAUUUCUGCUAUUCUGAACAUGACGCGUUUGUACACUGCACACGCCGGCGUUGGCUACUGGGCUCGCGGGUUGCAAGUCUGCCGCGCUCACGCUCGCGUUCGAAAAGUACGAGGUGGACUCCUUCAAGACAAUCCAGCGCAUCUGAGAUGGAUGGCCAGCGAGACGGUAAAGUAUACCGCAGCCACGCACUUCGCUUUCUUCGGGAUCGCAAUGCACGGUGCCAUGGAACAAAAUCCAGACAAAGUGGUUGGCAGCACCAAAGCUUCCUCCUUGAUUCCUUCAGCCAAGGACGAAUUGGCCAUUCUACUACGCCUCCUGACUCCAGUGAUGAAGAGCCAGAUUACGCUGGCAAGCGUAGCAGGCCUAAGAGAAUCGAUGGAGUGUCUGGGUGGCGUCGGAUAUUGUGAGAACAAUGAAGAUGGCGGCCUCAUGAACAUCUCCAGAAUUUUCCGGGAUGCGCAGUCUGGACCCAUCUGGGAAGGCACCGUGAGCGUCAUGGCCGAAGACGUAGUCAGGGUCAUCACAGACAAGCGCAUUGGAGGAGGCAAGGUCAUCCAGACAGUAUAUUCUCCUUGGGUGCGCCGCGUUCUGACUGAAUGCAACCCAACGUUUUCCAGCGAGGUUGAGCUUGUAUUGGUCAGACUCACGGCAUUGGAGAAUAUGGUCAAAACCAUCGACAAAGAGCAGCUAUUAUUUCAAGGACGCGAGUUGCUGCAACAUCUUGAAUGGGUGACUUGUGCGGUAUUGCUCAUGUACGAUGCUUGUACUGAUGAAGAUGAAAUCGCGACUGAGAUAGCGCGAAGGUGGGCAAGAAGCCAUCCCAUGAGUCCGACCACUUUCCAACCCCUAAGCGGACCCAGUUGGGCGGAAGUAUCGAAGAUGGACAAGAAAAUAUUCCUAGGCACCAGUGGGAUUGAUUCCAGCAGGACGACUGCAAAGCUGUAG